UUCACCCUAAAAUAGAGUAUUUGUUACCUCUCACAUUUUCCCCCAAAACUUCACACACAAACACACACACACACACACCCUAUCUCUCUCUUUCUCAAACAAACAGACACAAAUCAAUCUAUACAAACAUAUAUAUAUCUAUACAUACACACACCUAAUUUCAUUUUUAUAUAAUAACAAUAAUAAAAAAGAGUAUUUGAAAGGAAUUGUAAUGGUAAGGGGACUCGCUAUGGAAUCACAGGAUAAGAGAAUGUGCAAAACUGAAUCUACUUUUUCUGGCGUGGCCGUUGAUUAUAAUCAUCGAACGUAUGAAGAUGAUUGUUUUGGUGACAUGCUCAAUCUGUUUGAUUUUCCAAUGGAGAGUUUGGAAGGGGAUGGAUUGGCUGAAGAUUGGGCCUCUAAACUUGGUCCCAUUCCUUCUGAGCUCUUUAAGGAGCUUGUAACACCAGGUUCUCAUAUUGGCGUUGGCAACAGUUUUGGCGGAUCCUCCGAUUUGCCAUUGGAGUACCCUGUAUCUAAUAUGAGAACCCCUCAACUAAAUUAUCAACAAAAUCAUGUUGAAGAACCCUUUAAAGCCUAUCAUAAUGGCAGAAUUUCUCAACCAAAACAAGAACCACUUUUUGUUGAAGACAAAAGACUCUAUCAGUCGCAUGCAAGCCCAAAUUCGGUCCUCGAAAGUCGCAGCACCAACUCAAAUAACAAAGGCUUUUCGUUUGGAAUGGAAACUUCAGUUCCAGUUAGAACUCGAAGCAAGCGUUUGAGACCGAUCACCAGCCCUUGGUUGUUAUCACCACCCAUAGUACUUCCUAACAAAGAUAAGAAAAGAAGGAAGCCAUCUCAGGUUCCAAUCAACCUGGAUUCUAACAUAUAUAGGUCGAACGUUGUGGGGAUUAAGAAAUGUGCCCACUGUGAGAUAACGAAAACUCCACAGUGGAGGGAGGGCCCAAUGGGUCCAAAAACACUUUGCAAUGCUUGUGGGGUUCGAUACAGAUCAGGCCGGCUCUACCCCGAGUAUCGUCCAGCUGCAAGUCCAACAUUUGUUCCAGCUCUGCAUUCAAACUCUCACAGGAAGGUGAUAGAGAUGAGGCAGAAGGCUGUCAAUUAAGUAUCCAGAGGUUAGCAGGUAUGACGGUUUUCUUGUUUGUUCCAUUUAUUUGAAAAUUUUGAUUCAUAAAGAUGAUGGUAUCUUAUAAUGUUUCUGUACAAAGAUGAAAGGAGAUAACGACCCAAUUGGGGGUAAUUAGGUACCUAGGAUUUAAAUUUAGCAUAUGUUUGGACGUAAAAUAGGUUACAAAUUUGAGUUAGGAUUAGUGAAUGUGAGAUGUAAAAUAUCUUGCUUAACUCUGUUGAAUAUUUACUUUUGUGUUAUCUUUGUAUUGGUAGACCCUUUUUUAAAGAUCACAAUAUCUGAAGCUGUUUGAAUA